AUGACUUUGGGAAUGACCGCACGCGGAGGCAGACCGCCGACUGCACUCAGGAUCUUCCACUGGGUCAUUAUGGGGAUCAUCGUCGUUUUAAGUGUUGCCGACUUUGUGAUAUGGAUUGUCUUCAGCUUUGGAAUAUAUGAGCUGAUAAGAGUCUACGAGGCCAUAACAAUUACAUUGGACGUUGUCUACUGGGUAGCCUCGUGGGAGGUUACAGCACUGGCCAUAUAUGUGUUCGUCAGAGCAAUGAAAAGUGGAUCAAUCAUAAAGAAACCUGCUCUUGCUCUGCUUUGCAGUAGUACCAUCUUCUCCGUGCUCAAUUUCAUGCGGGCGGUUGAUAAUAUUCGCUGGUUUGCGAGAGUAUGGGACUGGGACGACAAAGGACAGUACGACUCAGCCACUGCGACAUCCUUUUUGGAAAUUUUCUUCUGCAUUGGAAUAUACGGCAGCCUUCUUGGGUUUUGUCUAUUGUCUGGACAUCUCGCUCAGAGGUUAGAAGAAGGAAAAUCGACAGAUGGAAACAAACCACAGCCACUAGGUGAAGUCGGCUCCCGCCCUUGGAGUCAACGGGCUGCCUUGAAUCCACUCGUGGAAGCAGACGCAUCGCACCCCAUCGUGGAGGCAGAUGGGUCGAAUAAUAUUCUGGAAAUGGGUGGUUCCAAGCCUAUCUUCGAGGCAGACUCCAAUCAAUACCAGCGCCAUGAGCUAGAACCGACAUCAUUCCUCGGGACUGAUUCGUCACCUCGUGAGUGA